AUGUUAUUUGAAUAAUAUAAAGAUUAUGAAUAUAAUCUUAAGAAAAUGGAAUUUUAAUUAAAAUAUCAUACUCUUAAGACUUUUUUUGAAAAGGUUUUGAGCUUGUAUUUAAAUUUUGGAAUUUUUGCUAAUUUUGAAAGAAGACGAUAGUAAACUAAAAUCGGUAAAUCUGAAAUUUAUUGUUUAACAUAGCAAAACACUGAUUUCUUAAUUGAAGUCAACAAAAAAAUAUUAUGA